AUGAGUUUUUCUUCCUAUGAGCUGUAUUUGCAGUACUGCUUACAAGACUUGGAAGAAGUCAGUGAACAAUUUCCUGAUGACUGGUCCGAAGGUACCCGGUACACAGGUACCCCCGCUAUCUAUCACACCUGCUACACAGGUACCUGGUACACAGGCACCCCUGCUACACAUCACGCCCGCUACACAGGCACCCCCACUACAUGGACACCCCCGCUAGAUGGCACCCCUGCUACACAGGUGUCAGUGAACAAUUUCCUGAUGACUGGUCCGAAGGCUUACCUGAUCUACUCCAGCAGCGUGGCAGCCGGUGCCCAGAGUGGUAUUGAAGAAUGCAAAUACCAGUUUGCCUGGGACCGUUGGAACUGUCCUGAGAGAGCCCUGCAGCUGUCCAGCCAUGGAGGGCUUCGCAGCGCUAACCGAGAGACAGCGUUCGUACACGCCAUCAGUUCUGCUGGAGUCAUGUACACUCUGACGAGGAACUGCAGCCUCGGGGACUUUGACAACUGUGGCUGCGAUGACUCCCGUAACGGGCAGCUGGGGGGCCAAGGCUGGCUAUGGGGAGGCUGCAGUGACAACGUGGGAUUUGGAGAGGCAAUUUCCAAGCAGUUUGUCGAUGCCCUGGAGACAGGACAGGAUGCCCGGGCAGCCAUGAACCUGCACAACAAUGAGGCCGGCCGCAAGGCGGUCAAGGGCACCAUGAAACGCACCUGUAAGUGCCACGGCGUGUCUGGCAGCUGCACCACGCAGACCUGCUGGCUGCAGCUGCCCGAGUUCCGCGAGGUGGGCGCGCACCUGAAGGAGAAGUACCACGCAGCACUCAAGGUGGACCUCCUGCAGGGUGCUGGCAACAGCGCGGCGGGCCGCGGCGCCAUCGCCGACACCUUCCGCUCCAUCUCCACCCGGGAGCUGGUGCACCUGGAGGACUCCCCGGAUUACUGCCUGGAGAACAAAACGCUAGGGCUGCUGGGCACGGAAGGCCGAGAGUGCCUGCGGCGCGGGCGGGCCCUGGGCCGCUGGGAGCGCCGCAGCUGCCGCCGGCUCUGCGGGGACUGCGGGCUGGCGGUGGAGGAGCGCCGCGCCGAGACCGUGUCCAGCUGCAACUGCAAGUUCCACUGGUGCUGCGCUGUCCGCUGCGAGCAGUGCCGCCGGGGGGUCACCAAGUACUUUUGUAGCCGCGCAGAGCGGCCGCGGGGAGGCGCUGCGCACAAACCCGCGAGAAAUCCCUAAGGUCUCCGCUUCCGCCUUCUUUCUCCAUUUGUCCUUGGCUUUAUUUAGAGACCCCAGUAAUAGAGGGACCUAGAGAAUGGGGACCCUGCACUCCCAAGCCCAGGGGUCGUGAGAGGGAGAGACUGCAAUCCCUCCAGAGCUUGCCACUUUCCUACCGUCUUCCCCAAAUUCCUCUGCACUGUCCUAGAGCUCUCAGUUGUCCUCACAGCCACACUUACUAGGUCUGAGAACUCUCAAGAUUUUGAGGCUCCCCCUUGGUAGCUGUCCAAGGCCUGACAUAGCCUAUCAAGCCUCAGCAGCCGGAACUCCACGCCGACAUUCAGGGUCUAGGCAAAGCCACGGAGUUUCUCUUUUGCCCACCGUCUCCUGCAGAGUCCAUGCCUGCCCUGUCCCAUUCCCUACUGUUGCCAGACUUCCCGGGAAUCUCCAAAGCUUUCUCUCUCUCCUUCUUCCCCCUCCCCUUCUUAGCUGGAAGAGAAACUAAAACUGACCUGGGAGAAAAACAUGCCUUUGGGGUUGGUUCCUUGAGGCAGAGGUGGAAGAUGGGGGAAGAGGGAAGCCUAGAGUGCCGCUUUGCCAAGCACCAAGGGGCUCCUCGUUCUGGGAUCCCACCUCACUAAUGGGCUUUAGCAGGGGUGAUGUCCUCCCUAGACAGUCACCCAAGAUAGUCCAGGCAUACCCAGAAGGUCCAGGACCUCUGUCCCUCUAAGGCUUAGGUACUGGGAGCUUGGUUCCCACUGUAAGGUUGAGAGGAGGUGGUGUCCAGAUGAUGGUGGCACCUUGCUUACGGGUGGGGUAAUGCCAUCUGGAGGGCAUGGGUUAGUUAGUUCCUUUAGGAGCAGGUAAAAGUUAAGACGGUUGCCAAGGCGGUCAUUGUCUGUAAAGUGACUUCUCCCUGCUCAACUUCCUCUUCUCCGCCCCCAUCGUUCCUCUGAGCCAAGACUGAAGAAAAGAAAGCCAACUCCCAUCGGACCCUAGUCCACGCCUCUAAGGGCAGGUCAUGGGAAGGAGACGCUGAGCUCUUUCCUUGCACUGGCCUGGGUCUGAAAGAGGCAGGGUGAGGGCAUUGGGGAUCUUCUUUCAUUUUGUAAACUUCCUGCAAUAAACUGUGGCUGACAGGAAGCUCAGCACCUUGAACUUUAACUUAUCGCAGUCGUUGUGAUAUGUGCCUUUCCCGGGGUA